CACAGGGAUGCGGCGGACACGGUCUAUACGCUGCUUCGCUUCAUAUAAAGCAAGUGCGCUCUGCGAAUCGCUCACAUUGGGGACAGCGCUGUGGUUCUGAAACAUCGCAAAGCUCACCUCGCGUUUUUUACUGCAGCCUUCCGUCAAAGAGCAGCACAAAGAGGAAAUCGCUGUCAUGAGCUCCGCACUGAAACUUUUAAUACUCCACUUCUUUUUUAUGGAGGGACUGUCCCAGGACUUCGGACAGACCCAAUUCAUUUGCACGUCUGUGCCUAAGGAUGUGGACUUAUGUGCAGCCAACCUGCCAAACACCGUCUCGGCGGAGGACCUGAAGAGCACGGUGAUGCAGCUAAGGGAGACCGUGCUGCAGCAAAAGGAGACGAUCAUGAACCACAAGGAGACCAUUACGGAGCUGACGUCGAAAUUAAACCGCUGUGAGAGUCAGAGUAUGCCCGAAGCCGGGAGCGCUAGAGACGGCGGAAGGAAAAAAGAACCGGGAUCUAAAAACACCAUGGGAGAUGUAUCGAGAGGUCCGACGGACACACUCACGCAAAUGGGACGGACAUUACAGUCCCUGAAACAGAGACUAGAAAACCUCGAGCAAUACAGUAGAUCCAACAAUUCUACUCAGGCGAACACUCUGAAGCAGCUUCUUCAGAACAAAAUCGACGACCUGGAGAGACAGGUUCUGUCCCGGGUAAACAGCUUGGAGGAGAGCAAGGGCACCCUCCGUAACGAAACGGAGCAGCGCGGCAAAGUGGAAUCGACCCUUACAUCACUGCACCAGAGAAUAACAGAACUGGAGAAAGGUCAGAAGGAAAACCGGCCGCUGGAUAAAUUCCAGCUGACGUUCCCCCUGAGGACCAACUACAUGUACGCCAAAGUGAAGAAGAGCUUGCCUGAGAUGUACGCCUUCACCAUCUGCAUGUGGCUGCGGUCGAACGCCUCCCCCAGCGUAGGCACGCCUUUCUCCUACGCCGUCCCAGGCCAGGCCAACGAGCUGGUUCUUAUCGGCUGGGGCAAUAACCCCAUGGAGAUACUCAUCAAUGACAAGAUGGCGAAGCUGCCUUUUAUUAUAAACGACGGGAAAUGGCAUCACAUCUGUGUCACGUGGACCACUCGUGAUGGAGUGUGGGAGGCCUUCCAAGACGGAGCCAUGCGAGGCAGCGGGGAGAACCUGGCUCCGUACCAUCCCAUCAAGGCCAACGGGGUGCUGGUGCUGGGUCAGGAGCAGGACACUCUUGGGGGCGGGUUCGACGCAACCCAGGCGUUUGUGGGCACUAUGGCCUACCUCAAUCUUUGGGACAGGAAGCUCUCCUCGGCCGAGAUAUACAACCUGGCCACGUGCAGUAGCAAAGCACAGGUGGGAAACGUCUUCUCGUGGUCAGAGGCCAACCUUGACAUCUACGGCGGAGUCUCCAAAUGGACCUUCGAACCCUGCCGUCAGAUCAACUGAGCCGCACAGCC